CAACAAUAAAACCCCGCACCUCAUGAUCCAAUUUGAUGCGUUCCCCAUCUCACCAUGGUCGUCACUCGGCGUCCGCGAAAGCUUGCAGCCGUGAACGCUUCCGCUCCCGCCGCGGAUGCACCUCCGAAGACUAACAGCAAGCCCGACCGCAAGAAAACAUCUGCGACGCGCAGGGGCAAAGCAGCGGCUGUGGGAGUGAGCACGGCGAAGGCUCCCAAGGCCAAGUCCGCAGUGGCCAAAGCUGCCGCGAAGCUCCCUCCUGUCAAGAAGACCGCGGCCAAGUCCGCAUCUACCAAGGCCGCGCCAAUCAAGAAGACCCGGAAGACCGCGAAGACCGCGAAGACCGCGAAGACCGCAAAGGUCAAGCCGACAACUGCUACGCAGAUCAACUACACUGCCUUCCCGCACAUUUUUGAUCGCAUCGUGUUUUAUGCGCCACACGGCGGCCUUCUCGCGUUGCGCGCGGCCUCCCGGGACCUGCAAGAGCGAUGCGACGCGUUAUUGGCGCGCCACAUCGUGCUCGGCCGUGGACUCCGACCGCCGAGAGGCCAGAAGUGGGCCGCGGGGGCGCCGCACCUCCCGCUCGGCCCCACAGUACAGUUGCCGGGUAAGGACCGGGUGCACGUCGCGUCGGCGCACGGCGCCCUCCCCGGCUGGGUAUGCGACCUGAACCACGACGACACCUGGCAUGGAAUCGGCAGCGACAGCUGCGGUGCGCAGUGCACCGCGCUGCGUGCGCGGUGGCUUGCAUACUUUGCGCACACGCGCGUGCUCGACAUCCACUUGUGGAAUUGCUCGGCGCACCUGAUGCACCACACGAACUUGUUCCCGGCCGCGACCGUCCGCGUCUUUCUGUACCAGAAGGAGCAGCUGUGGCUACCGUGCGAAGACGUAGUCGUGUUCACGAGUUUCCAACAGACCGGCGGCGCCAGCAACUACGGCCGCCGCGGCCGCUACGACUGGUGGAUUCCGGACAUGAACUUCUUGCAUGAUCCGCAUGUGCGGCGCGCCGUGUUCCAUGCGCGCUUGGACUGCGCACGCCCCGACCUCCCCGAGUGUAGAGUCGAGCUGUCGGGCCUGGAUCGCAGGAUGCGGGGGGGCACCGGUGUCAUCAUCCUCGAGCCCACGCCGGGGACACUCGUCGCGCCCAACAAAGCGUGGAGGAAGGAUAGGGUGGGCAGGGUCGGCCUGCUUCGGGACGUGGCGGACAUGAUCAGCACGAAUCGUACUACAUCGUGGACAGUUGUCGGGGCAUCUGAGAUCCCCCACCAGAUCUGCGGGCUCUCGCAUGACGAGGGCCGCACGCACGAUGAGUUUGCCGCGGCCGUGACGCACAACAUCAUCAAGUGGAUACGCCGCCGAUGCUCUGAGUGGCUUCGGCCUGAAGCGGUGGAGGAACGCGUGGCGGCCAUUGGGGGUCAUCAGCUGCGCUUCCUCACGAACGCUGAAUACCGCGCCCAAGUCGGCGAGGCGCGGUGGGCCCUCGACACGGUACGCACUGUGAAGCAGGAGAAAGUACGAGGGUGGCGGGGGACUAUCGCAUUGUAGUAUGUACAAUCUGAUUGUGAUGAUGGAUGGCCCUAAACGC